CCUACGACAUGGCAAAUCUGCUUUUAAUUUGACAGGCCUGACCGGAUGUUUUUUUUGUGUAUUUUGCGCUUCAGGUGUCCGCCACUGUGCAACGGUUGCUAGGCAACAAGACUCCUUGCUUCCACAGUAUCAACUUAGACCAAAGAUCGUCUGUUGUAAGUGUUUUCUGCUGGUGUAACUCUAGAUAAAUACAUUUCCUUUGCUGAUUUAUCACAGAAAACUGUAACUUAGCUGUAACUUUGCGGAUAGAGGACUGUUGUUUUUGUUUUGUGUGACAUCAGUUCCAUGUAACAUGUCCGAUGGCGAAGUUCAGAGACAUGAGCAGCAGCACAAUGAAGAAAUGGAAGAGAACCAUCCACCGGGUCAUGAGAAGGAGAGGAUGAGGACGAGCAGUGAGCAAAAGGACGAAGAGGCAGGAUUUAGUGCAAAAACAGAGACGAAGAAAGUCCACGUGAACGGACAGUCUCACGUCUACUCUGCAACCAGAGACACACUUUUCCAAAACGACAUUCCCAAUAUUACUAGAACACAUGCGUUGUCCCUAGAAUGGGUUUUUGGGAUGAAUCCUGCUCUUCCUGUCGUCAGUCUUCAAGACCAUAAUCAACUGGUGAUCCUCUACACUGGAGCUCAUGUUGGGAUCAUAUAUAAUCACUCCUCAAACUCCCAGCACAUUCUUCAGGGUCACUUCAGUCCCAUUUCAUGUGUGUGUGUGAGUGAAGACAGACGUUGGAUUGCAACAGGAGAUAAGGGUCCAAAAACUAUGGUGAUGAUAUGGGACUCUUACUCUGGUAUCCCUGUGCAUACAUUUUUCAAUUGCCACCCAGAGGAUGGUGUUGCUGCAAUGACAUUUUCAAGAGACACAAAACUACUUGCAACAAUUGGGGCCGGAGAAAUUCAAGAUGUGUGUAUUUGGGACUGGACAAAUGAAACAGAGAAGCCUUUGUUUUCAAUUGAAAUCAACCCCGAAUAUGGUUUUCAAAAAUACUUCCUUUUUAAUCCAAAUGACAACAAUCAGCUUCUCAGCAGCAGUGAGAACCAUGUGUUGUGGUACAGUACAGCUGAGGGAAGUCUCAAAUAUUAUGGCCUGAAAGUUAGGCAGCACUCUGAGAAGGCCACCAGCAGAUUCAAUGCUGCAGCUGAUACUUAUGCUUCUCCUGGCUCUGAUCAAAGUUCCUACAUGACCGGUGUCUCUGCGAACCAGUCAGUGUUUCACUGGAGAAAGCCUCAGGUCCUCACAGCCACCAGAGUAGGCACUAUUGUGGAGUGGGAUGUGGACAGGGAGUUUACUGUGGGCCAAAACUUCAGUCUGCCUAGAACAUCACGCAUUCUUAAUGUACAGAGUGCUCCCAUCACAGUGUUCACUGUUACUGACAGCUGCUUUGUAACUGGCGACACUCAAGGCCAUAUACAUUUUUAUGAUGAAAAUUUCAUCAGUCUGAGACAGUACACUCAAUUCAAUCUGGAUGCUAUCGUUUCCAUUUCCUUUUCCAAAGAGUGUACGGAGGGAUACUUGGAGGACUGCACUCCAGAAGCAAAGCCAGUCAUUAUCAGGAACUUUAUUGUGUCCACAGUGAGCUCCACUGUAUUCCAUGUGAAUGCACGGACAGACAUCCCACAGAUCUUGUUCCGUAAGGACUGUGCACCUGUACAUGCACUGGCCUGCCAUCCCAAACAGCCAUUUGUGGUGAUAGGCAACGUCAGUGGUGUUUUAAAUGUAUGGAACUAUAACAACAAAUGUAUCAUGUGCAGCAGGAUCUUUGACAGCCAGAUGGAGAAACAGAUUCAGUGUGUCACUUAUGACCCUCAGGGAUUACACUUGGCUGUUGGCUUUGGCAGUGGAGCUGUUCAUGUACUGAAUUCAAGCACUUUGGAAAGUCAUCCAGAAGAGUGUUUUCAUUACACUAAAGACAGCAUCCAGCACAUCACCUUCUCCUCAGACUCCAAGUAUCUUGCCACAGCGGAUGCUGGAAAAGCAGUUACGGUGUUCCGCUUGCAGACUAAUGCAGAAUCGUCUCCUCGCUGGGAGUAUUUGGGCAGAUAUCGUUCUCACUGUAAGCCCAUUCAAGACCUUCUCUUUGGAGUGUACCUGGACAGCACGCAACCCAGACUGCUAUCGUUGGGCAUGGAUCGCCGACUGGUGGAGUAUGACCUGGAGAACAGCAGUGUAAACCAGCUUCUCAUUUUGAGCUCAGAGCGCAUUGAGCAAAGUGCUGUGCCAAUGUGCAUGACUUGGUACCCACCACUCUCUGCCGAGCAGUUUCUUCUUGUUACCUCAGACCAAUACAAGAUGAAGCUUUUCAACAGUACUACCAAGAUGUGCAGGAAGACUCUCCGUGGCCCAACAUUUGGUUUCCCUGUUAAGAAAGUAGCAGUUGUUCCCAUGUCAGAGGAAAAUGAGACUAAUUCAUACUACAUGGUGUAUAUGACAAAUGACAAGAUUGGUCUUCAGAUUUUACCGCUGGAUGGAAAUCCUUUCAAGUCCCAUGCUGUGAUCUGCCAUCCAACAGGGGUGUCUUCUCUUGCCUGCUCUUUUGAUGGACGACUUGUUUUUACCGCAGGGGGAUCUGACUGCACUGUUCUGUCAUGGGAGAUAAGCUUGAAUGCUUUGGAGGCAGCAGCUUCUCUGGGAGGAAAGGACCUGAUGCCCUUUUACAUUCUUAUAGAAGGCGGGAGAGAAGGCAGGUUCUACAAAGAGAUGGAAGAGUUUUUCUACUACUGCCAAAUCUGUCAUCAAGGCAUUGGCACAAAGGAGAAACGACAAGUGUCUGACAAAAUUCCCCUGACAGAGGUUCCCUCUUUAAUGAGGGCUUUGGGCUACUUCCCUUCUGAACAAGAGAUUGAAGACAUGCAAAAUGAGGUCAAGUUCAGCCAAUAUGCUGAAACAGGCAAAUAUGUGACAGACAUCAACCUGGAGGAGUUUAUAAAGCUUUAUAUCAACCACCGGCCAGCAUUCGGCAUCUCCAGUCAUGACCUCGUUCAAGCUUUUCACAUUCUUGGUGAUAGUAGCAGUACAAGACAGCCUGUUCUGAAGAGGCAUAAGCUGCUGGAACUUCUGCAACUUCAAGGAGAACCUAUGACAGAGGAUGAGGUGGCACAGUGUUUUUCUACACUUUUAUGCCUCACUGAAGAAGAAGAAGAAAGGGAAGGUUCUGAACAUAGCAUUUCUGAAUCUGAAGGUAAAGAUUCUGACUUUUCACUGGAGGGUGCGAUCCCAGAUGAGGUAUCUCUGACAACAUUUACAAGUCACAUCCUGGGCUUUCCAUCUUUUGGAGACCAGACAAGCGAAUCUCCUCCUCCAGAAUCUAAUCAUUCUGCAGAUGUGAUUCUGGAGGAGGAGACUUGCUAGUCUCCUCCUCCAGAAUCACAUGAUGAUAAUGGGAUGUGAAUCUUUAACUACUUUAA